AUGAAAAGAUUACUUGAGAUAUCUUGUCAAAAACAAAAUUCCAUUAAAUCAUUAUCUACACCAUUAUCAAAAUAUGUAAAUAAUAAUAAUAGUAAUAAUUACAAAGCCAUAUUUAUAAAUCCACAACAAAACCAACAUCAUCAACAACAACAACAAAUAAAAUUUAAUAACAGUAGUAAUACAAAAACCUUUAAUAUAAAUGAAUUUAAUUUAAAUUUUAAAAGAUUGUUUUGUACAAAUAAAAAUAUAAAAAAUGAAAUAGAGAAUGAAAUAGAGAAUAAUAAAGUUGAAAAGGAAGAUGAAGAAGAGGAAUUAAAUGUAAAUAAUAAUAAUAAUAAUAAUAAUAAUAAUAAUAAUAAUAAUAAUAAUAAUAAAAAUAUAGAAGAAACCAAUAAACAACAACAACAACAACAACAACCAUAUCAAAGAGUUUUAAUGAAACCAAUUUCAAAUAAACCAGUUAUUGCAAUUAUUGGUAAACCAAAUGUUGGAAAGAGUACAAUUUUUAAUAGAAUUAUAGAAGGACAAAGAAGAGCAUUAGUAGAGGAGAUACCAGGUACUACUAGAGAUCGUUAUUAUGGUGAAGGAUUUUUAUAUGGACGUGAAUUUAUAUUGGUUGAUACAGGUGGUUUAAUUGGUGAAUCUAAAGAAGAUAAAGAUCAAUUUCAAGGGGUAAUUCAAGACCAAGCAGAGAUUGCAAUGGAAGAAGCCGAUGCAAUUCUAUUCGUAUUGGAUUAUAAAAGUGGUUUAACAUCAAUUGAUAAAGAGUUGGCAAGAAUGUUAAGAUCAAAAAGACAAAAACUUGGUAAACCAAUUUACAUUGGUGUUAAUAAAGCAGACAAUGUUUCAAUGAGGGGUGAAGACUUCGAAGAGAUGAAAACUCAAAUCACAAGAUUAGGAUUCGGUGAACCUAUACCAUUUUCAGCACAUCACGGUGACAAUGUUCAUAGUAUGUUUGAGUUAAUUCUAUCUCAAUUCCCUCACAUGGAUUUAUCAUUGGAGAAAUUGGAAGAGGAUUUAAAACCUGGUCCAAUUAGAAUUUCAAUAGUUGGUCAACCAAAUGCCGGUAAAUCAAGUUUACUCAAUAAAAUCAUUGAAGAAGAACGUUCAAUCGUUUCCGAUAUUCCAGGUACAACACAUGAUCCUGUUGAUUGUAAUUUCCUUUGGCGUGAUACUCAUGAACUAUCAUUAAUCGAUACAGCAGGUAUUAGAAGACGUUCAACUCAUAAAAUUGGUUUAGAGAAAUCUUCAGUAUUAUGGGCAUUAAAAGCAAUUGAAAAAUCUCAUGUAGUUUUCAUUGUAAUCGAUGCUACAAUUGGUAUCACUGAACAAGAUUUAAAAAUUGCAAGUUUUGUUGUUGAAAAUAGAAAAAGUAUGAUUAUAAUUGUAAAUAAAUGGGAUCUUUAUUUAAAGAAUAAACAUGCAACUCAAAAAAUAACUGAUAAAUUAUUUUUCCAUGAUUUCCAAAACAAAUCAUCAUCAUCAUCGUCAAAAUCGAUUGCAAAUGAAAAUUUUGAUACAAGUUUUACUUUAGAUACAUUACUUGAUGAUUUAAUUUCAAAUAAUAUUAAAAAUUCAAAAACUGAUGAUGUUUUAAAUAGAAAUGGUAAGAAAAAAGAUUCAUCAAAAAAGAAAUCUUCAAUUUUAGAAGAAAGAAAAACAAGAAAACAAAAAAUAAGAGAGGAACAAGAAGAAGAAAAACAAAAACAAUUACAACAUUCUUCAGAUUUAGAAUAUUCAAAUAUUUAUUGGCCAGAUGCUAAAAAUGGUCAAAUUAAUUAUGUUGAUGAUAUUGAUGAUAUUGAUGAUAUUAAUGAUAUUGGAGAUGAUGGAGAAGUAUAUGAUUUUGAUAUUGAUGAAAUUUUAAAAGAAGAAAGAUAUGAAGAAGGUAAAGAAGGUGAUAAAGAUGAAGAAGAAGGAGACAGUGAUGAAAAAUUCCAAAAAGCAUAUAUUGAAUAUUUAAAAAAUAAAGAACUUAAAUUAGAAGAAUUGGAAAAGAUUACUAGUCAAAAUAAAAUUAAAAGACCAUUACCACCAAAUGUUGAAAUGCCAAAAAUUACUAAACUUCAAAAAGAUUAUGAAACUGAAUUACGUUCAAAAUUAUCAUUUUUAGAUUUUGCACCAAUUUUAUUCACAUCAGCUAAAACUGGAUUUUGUGUUCCAACAGCAGUAGAUCUUUCAAUUAAAAUCUUUUUCGAACGUGAGAAAAAAUUACGUGUUGCAGAGUUAAUAGAAAUCAUUAAAUUGGUUUCAUUUAAACAUAAAUUCCCAAAAAUGGGUAGAAAUACUUUAAAAUUGAAAUUUGCACAACAAGCAAGAGGUUAUCCACCAACUUUUGUAUUUUGGGUAAAUCAUCCUGAUAAUGUUGAACCUUCAGUAGUUAGAUUCCUAUUACGUAGUAUUAGAGAUUAUUAUCCAUUCGUUGGUACUCCAAUUUAUGUUCAAUUUAGAAAAAAUAGAGCAAAUAAAAAAAAAUUUUAUAAAAAGGUAUCAUCAUCAUCAAAUAAAGGUGGAAAGAAGAAAUAA